AUGCAGCCUCUCCUUGGGGAUAUGAUCGACGAGGUGCGCAACAUUUUUCCUCUUUCGAGCACAGCUCGACUCCACCGCCGCCGCCCUCCAAGCGCGCUCUGUGGCGCUGCGGCUAGCGAAAAAGAAGGUGGAGGAAGGGAUCGAGGAAGUCGAGUGGAAGAAGAAGGAUCUGGAGAAGGAGGUCGAGUCGGUGAAUCGGAAGUCGGCGGAAGUCGACGCGAGGGAGGCGGCGUUCGAGCUCCUCGUGAAGAAGGAGGACCAGAAAAACGUGAGGAGAAGGCGACGUUCGGGAGAUGCUGCGUUGAAGCAGUGUUGGAGGAGAAAUGGAGGAUACUGGAGGCUAAAGAGAAGGAAAUAGAGGAAUGCUCCCUCCGGUUCCGGCUAAGGGAGGAUGGAUUCCAGGAGCAAUUGGCAGAAUUUCAGCUUCUUUUCAGCGAACUGAAGUCUCGACAGAGGCAAGUCACCGAGCAAGUGAGACAAUGGCGAGAAAUUGAAUCGAACACUAAGCAUUGUUUUGAUGAGUCAAGAGUUGGGGAGGAGGAAUUUGAACAGAGAGUCAUUGAAAUCAGUAAUAAAGUGGUGACACCUGAUCUGUGUUUGGCUAAAUUGAGCAAGAAAGAGGACAUGGAUGAGAAGGAAAAGCGAUUUAGAGAAAUUGAACUGAAAGAGAAGUUGGUUGAGGAAAUGCGUCGAGAAUCUGAACUGAAGGAAGAUGAAGACCUUGUCAAGUCACUCUCUUCGGGUCAGCUUAAUGGAGCUAAACGUCUGUGGUCAGAUGCGCCUGGAGACGGUAAUCACACUGAAUCUUCUGAUCUUGCUCCUAUGAAAUCCGUAAACUUAUCUGCAGAGCAGCCAUAA